UGUCCAUGUGGCAUACCGGUGAUGCUGAGUUGCGGCUUCCGUCGUUUGUUUCCUUUGGCGAGUUUUUCGCGAGGUUUCUCCCCAAAACACUUUGAAUUGUGUGCUGCAAGUUGCUAUCCCUCUUUGAGUAGUAGGAACUCAUCUAGGAAGGCAGAAUCUCUUGUUGAUCGCCUAAAAGACAUAAAGAAAUCAGCUGCUAUGGCCGGUCAAGUGGACGGGGAGGUAGACAUCGAAACUGUGCUCGCGCCCCUGCGAGCCUCCGUGAAAGAGCAGGGUGAUCUGGUGAGGAAGAUGAAGGAAGGUGGUACCCCUGACCAUGAUAUCAAGAGAGCCGUGGUAGAACUAAAGGCGAGGAAGAAAGCCUUGGAGGAGAAGGAGCUUGCUCUGACGUCUAAGGGUGUGAAAUUUGACCGCACCAAGAUGGAAGACACUCUUAAAAGGCGAUUUUAUUAUGACCAGUCUUAUGCCAUAUAUGGAGGUGUAAGUGGGUUGUAUGACUUUGGGCCUGUAGGAUGUGCCAUGAAAGCAAACUUCAUCAAUAUAUGGAGGAAUCAUUUCAUCAUAGAAGAAGGCAUGCUGGAGGUUGACAGUGCUGUGCUAGCUCCAGAAAAUGUAUUUAAAGCAUCAGGUCAUGUUGAUCGAUUUGCUGAUUUCAUGGUAAAAGAUGGCAAGACCGGAGAAUGCUUUCGGGCAGAUCAUCUCAUUCAAUCCUACCUUGAGAAGUUGAUAGCAGGCAAGAAGACCACCGAGGAGCAGAAGAAGGAUUACCAGGCCGUGAUUGCCCAGCUGGAAACCUACGGUAAAGACGAGUUAACAGAGCUAUUCAGAAAGUAUCAGGUGAGGUCACCGACCACGAACAACGAGCUCUCAGAUCCCAUGGAGUUCAACCUCAUGUUCGCCACCGCCAUCGGACCCGCUGGAAACAUGCCUGGUUACCUAAGGCCAGAGACUGCUCAGGGUAUCUUUGUUAACUUCAAGCGACUUCUAGAAUUCAACCAAGGUCGUCUACCCUUCGCUGCUGCUCAAAUCGGCAAUGCAUUCCGUAAUGAAAUCUCCCCAAGAUCUGGCCUACUCCGUGUUAGAGAAUUCACCAUGUGCGAGAUAGAGCAUUUUAUAGACCCAUCUGACAAGGAUCAUCCCAAGUUUGAUACCAUCGCCAACGUCUCCGUUCCUCUCUUCCCUGUCGAUCGGCAGGUCAACGGCCUCUCCCCCAUCACCAUGACGAUAGGAGAAGCAGUUGAAAAGGGUAUGAUCAAAAGCCGUGUCUUAGGCUACUUCUUGGGUAGGACCUUCCUCUUCAUGACAAAGGUUGGCAUAGAUCCUAAGAAACUCAGAUUCCGUCAGCACAUGUUCAACGAGAUGGCUCAUUAUGCAUGCGAUUGUUGGGAUGCUGAGACCAAGACAUCGUAUGGUUGGGUGGAGUGUGUCGGCAAUGCUGAUAGAUCUUGCUUUGAUCUCACAUGCCACGCCAAGCACAGCAAGGUCCCUAUGGUUGCUGAGAAGAGACUAGCCGAACCAAAGACCAUUGAUGUGACCGAAGCUGCCCCUGUGAAGAGCGUGAUGGGAAAAGCAUUCAAGAAAGAAGCAAAGGUUGUAAUGGAACAUCUCACCAGUUUAGAGCCUGAUCAACUGACAGGUUUAGAGAAAGCUCUUACUGAAAACGGUGAAACAACUGUGGAGGUGAAUGGAAAGAGCUUCAAACUAACUCCUGAUAUGAUUGCAGUCAAAAGAUAUCAGAAGACAGUUCAUGUGGAGGAAUUUACCCCCAGCGUCAUUGAACCAUCCUUUGGAGUGGGGCGUAUCUUGUACUCCAUCCUUGAACAUAACUUCAAAGUGAGGGAGAAUGAUGAACAGAGAACGUAUUUUACUCUUCCGCCAAUCAUCGCUCCAUACAAGUGCUGUGUCCUGCCGCUCAGUACCAACAAAGAGUUUGAGUCUCUUGUAAAAAGACUAGCCCAAGAUCUCUCCAAUGCCAGUAUAUCCCACAAGGUUGAUAGUAGCUCGGGUUCAAUAGGUCGUCGCUAUGCCAGGACAGACGAGAUCUCUGUGCCUUUCUGCAUCACAGUGGACUUUGAUUCAUUGAAGGAACCACACACUGUCACCCUCAGAGAUAGGGACACACUGGAACAAGUCAGGGCUCCGGUCACUGAUGUCGCUUCAAUCAUCCAGGAUCUCUCCAGCGACAAGAUCAGAUGGUCCGAUGUUCUUGCAAAGUAUCCAAAGUUUGAAGGGCAACAAGAAAAAGAAUGAUGAUCAUCCCAUCCAACUAGAUAUUUUACUUUCCUUGUUGAUCCUGUAAUAUUGAUAGUUGGUCAGAUAGGACACUCCUGCCACUCCAAAAUUAUUUCCUUGCCUUCAGCAUGGCUACCCUAGCCUGAUAGAGCACUCAAGCAUUCAAGAAAUCCCUUCGUACUGGGUACCCAGCUCCUUGACCUGGGUGGAGAGUGGCAAACGUAGAUAAACGCCUCGCCAAAUGGGGUUGAUGCUGUUGUGGGAUUUGAACCAUGGACCUUAUGGUUCAAAGUCCACUGACUUGUCCACUGAACCAUAUUUCCUUGACAUUGCUUUAUGAAGCCUUAGCUUAUAGUGGCUCUAGCCUAGGGGUACACAGUAAACUUGGCCAUAGCGAUGCCCAAUUUAUGGUGUUCAACUUCUAGAGAGGCCACACUUCCUGUUUCAUUUGAAUAUUAUUUCAUAUCAGAGCAUACACUAUUACCCUAUAUGAUUAGGCACUUAUUACAUGCAUUUCUGAAUGCAUUUAUGCUCUUAUAAGACACAAUGUUAAAGUUUAAUUGAAAGGAAAGUUGGGGAUGUACAUAUAGACCAAAAAGUCGGUGAGCUGUGCAGUCAGAAUUUCAUGUGAUGGAAUGGUCAAGGAAGAUGUGGGGGGGGGGGUUUGAAUCAAUCCCACCCCCACAUCGGUUUAAGGGUUAAUAGUAUAAUGAAUAUAUUCACCUAUGCUAAUCCUUGGAUACUAAUGUAGUUUUCAUUUAAUAACCCAUGAUUAUUCCAUAUUAUCAUGUAAAGACGGGAUGAUUUCGAAAAUAAUUGAUAUUAUAACAAAAAUUGAAAGGGCAAGUCUACCCCAAUAAAAAAGUUGAUUUCAAUUUAAAAAAAAAGAAGAAUAAUGCUGAAAAUUUGUGUUAAAGUCGGAUGUGAAUUAUGAAAGUUAUAACAUAAAAAUUUGCCUGAAUUCACUUUUUUUUUAACUUCAUGUUUUCUUGAGGUGGUCUUGCCCUUUGUAAUUGGAGGUUGUGAAAGGAGAAUUAUUAUUUAUAUCCUAGGAUGGCAUGUAUGAGUGUAAAAUUAUGAUGAAAUAUUUGAUAAUAGGAAACAAAUGAUCAGUUUUGAGUAUAUGGACAUGUUCUAGUUCUUUCCCAUAUAUUUUACAUUGAAUUAUAUCGGUCUACCCAUUUCUUUAUUAUCCUGUUUUUCCUUCCUUCAAACUUUUUUGUUCAUUUAUCGAAUGUGACCUUGGCCAAGCUUCAUAAAACUUUUUAUCAAUCACAAAAUGCAGGCAAUUGAUGACAACUGUAUCUUGACAUGUGAUGUACUUUGAUUUCAAUCGUAUAGUACAGGUAGCUUUUGACUUUCCAAUGAAAACGAUAUUUAUGAAACUUCCAGAAUCCAACAAACGCAAGGGAGCAUAUCAUCAAGGGACGUUUUAUCCGAUAGUUGCCAUAGUUACAGUGCUUCUCAGCCAAUCAAAAUGAAGGAUAGUUGUCAGAUCUGACAACAAGUCUUGAUGAAACGAUCUCUUGUACUUAUGAGCUAAAUUGAUUUGAGGUUGUAUUGUUUAUGGUUUUUGUUUGUGUAAAACGACUGAAAGCCUACCAUUGCGUUGGGGGUUCUACAUGUAGUAUGUGGGAAAAUGUACAAAUAUUUGCAUAUUUAAAAGGAAAUUCCUCUAAAAAGUUUACUGCAGUAAAUUGUAUUUUCUCAAUCAUUGCAUGGGUAAUUAAAUCUAUUUUAUAAUGAAUCCAGGGAAGGGGAAUUAUUACACAGAUUAUUUCUUGAUUAUGAAUAAAUUGUGCAAUAAUCAUUGCUCCCCCACCCCAUAAUUUCAUAACUCAUUUUUGCUGGAAUCUCUGAAGUGGCGUAACGAGUCAGAACAUGACUAACAAGGGAAAAUUAAUUUCCAGGUAGUCGUGAUCUGACAAAGGGAGGGGUCGAAAAACCUCUCAAGUUUAUCUUUUUUGCCAGAUCUUUGUACAUAUUCAUUUGUUGAAAAUUCUGGUCACACCAUCCACACCAUGAUCAAAUCAUGCAUUAAUCGUCAUCCAAAUGAGUUGAAUUUGGAGUUCUCCGUACAGUGUAAAAUAAUGAUAUAUGCAUCUUCAAGGAUGUGCAUGAGCUACGUGUAGUAUUAACACUUUAUUUCUAAAUUCCAGCUGUUACUAUCUGGAAUAAAAUUCAGUUUUUAUGAACAUUCUUGUCACACCAUAGUCAAAUCAUGUAUUAAUCGUCAUCCAAAUGAGUUGAAUUCGGAGUUCUCCGUACAGUGUAAAAUAAUGAUAUAUGCAUCUUCAAGGAUGUGCAUGAGCUACGUGUAGUAUUAACUCUGUAUUUCUAAAUUCCAGCUGUUACUAUCUGGAAUAAAAUUCAGUUUUUAUGAAAAUUCUUGUCACACCAUAGUCAAAUCAUGUAUUAAUCGUCAUCCAAAUGAGUUGAAUUUGGAGUUCUACGUACAGUGUAAAAUAAUGAUAUAUGCAUCUUCAAGGAUGUGCAUGAGCUACGUGUAGUAUUAACUCUUUAUUUCUAAAUUCCAGCUGUUACUAUCUGGAAUAAGAUUUUUAUGAAAAGAGCACCUCAAAA